AUGCUUCAUCAUUCCAAAGACCUGAGUUUUUGUACACUAGUUAAUCAAGGGAAAAAUAAUAAAUCCGAGUAUAGUUGUUAUUGGGGUGAAAUUAAUGAAACUGGCAAUGAAAUGUCAACAGUAGUUAAUAAUCCUUAUAAAAAAUAUCUGGAACAUACUCACAGCUUGGUAUAUAGAAAAUUGAAUGGAUCUGAUUUCUUUGGAAUGGAGGCAUUACAAAUAAACUUUAAUUUAUUGAUUAAAGAAAUUUUACAGGAAUUUGUUAUUAUUGAUGUAGCAGAAGACGGCAUUACUUUUAGUGUAUCAAGCAUUUAUAAUACUCAAGCAACAGUGCUUUGGAAUUCUAAAAUAUUUGAAAGCUACGAUUAUAACAACAAUGUUUCUGGCCGAAUCCAACUCAAAGUUCAUUUUGAUUCUUUAAUUUCUAUUUUAAAAACUUUUGGUAUUACACUUUUACAUGAAA